AUGUUUGCUUGUCAUUUUUUUGAUGAUCCAGAUGCUACCGUCUAUGUCGGAGGCUUGGAUGAGAAGGUGACAGAGGCAUUACUAUGGGAACUCUUCCUACAGGCCGGUCCUGUCGUAAACACCCACAUGCCAAAGGACAGAGUAACCCAGUCGCAUCAGGGUUAUGGCUUUGUGGAAUUCAUGGGGGAGGAGGAUGCCGAUUAUGCCAUCAAGGUGCUGAACAUGAUAAAGCUCUAUGGUAAACCGGUCAGAGUGAAUAAGGCAUCGGCCCAUCAGAAGAACCUGGAUGUUGGAGCGAAUAUCUUCAUCGGUAACCUAGAUCCUGAGAUUGAUGAGAAGCUCCUGUAUGAUACAUUCAGUGCCUUUGGCGUCAUCUUACAAACACCAAAGAUAAUGAGGGACGUGGAGUCCGGGAACUCCAAGGGAUACGCUUUCAUCAACUUCGCCAGCUUUGAGGCAGCGGACGCAGCCAUCGAGGCUAUGAAUGGACAGUAUCUGUGUAACAGGGCGAUCACCAUCUCGUUUGCUUUCAAGAAAGACUCGAGAGGAGAGAGGCACGGCUCGGCAGCAGAACGUCUUCUUGCUGCCCAGAACCCCUUGUCACAGGCAGACAGGCCUCAUCAAUUGUUUGCUGAUGCUCCACCCACAUCUCAGGCCAACAAUGCGGUCCCGUCCCUGGGACAAGCCCCGCCCCCUCCACCAGCAGGAGGAACCGCAACCAGCAAUGCACCAACCAAUACCCCACUUCCAAUGCCUCCUCCUUUCCCCAUGCCCCCAGGCAUGCCACCCCCCGGCAUGCCCCCUCCGGGUAUGCCCCCACCGGGCGUGCCCCCACCCAUCCCUCCACCCGGUAUGCCGCCCCCACCCAUGCCUCCUCCACCGGUUCCACCACCGGGAGGUAUGCACCCCAUGCCUGGGCCCGGUGGUAUGCCACCCCCUCCGCCCAAUAUGAUGGGCGGUGGGCUACCUCCACCGCCUGUGCCCCCGCCUGAUAUGAGAGGACCACCACCCAGAGGAAUGCACCCUGGUCCUUUCCCACCCCCUCCCCACAUGAGACCACCCCCGAUGGGAGGGCCGCACCAUGGACCGCCGGAUAGGUUCAGGAUGGGACCACCAGGACCAGACAGAUACAUGGGUCCAAGGGGACCACCCCCUCCCUUCAGGGGUCCUCCGAGGGGCCCUCCAUUCAAUGGCCCUCCACAUGGUGGACCGCACAGGGGACCGCCGCCCCGCAUGCCCCCUAGGCCGCCAAGAUAUUAGAUUUACCAUCAAGUUACCAUGAUGAUUGACCUAAGGGUUGGCCACACAGCCACCUCACAGUGCCCCCAGGCCACCAAGAUUAUUAGGACACAAACAGCUAUUUUUUAGGCCCUGCACAUGGUGGACCACACAGAGGACCGCCGCCCCGCAUGCCCCCUCGGCCGCCAAGAUAUUAGAUUUACCAUCAAGUUACCAUGAUGAUUGACCAAAUGAUGGGCUACACAGGUACCUCACAAGCUCCGCACAACAACCAAGACAUUAGAAUCGCCAUCAGCUAUUUUUUUGGAUGUCAGUAUGGUGGAACACAGAGGACCGCCACCCCACAUGCCACCUAGGCCGCCCAGAUAUUAGGACUCCUACCAAGUUGCCAUAAUGUUUGAACGAUGGGCUACACAGUUACCUUACUUGCACCCCCCCCCCCCCCUAUCUCCCAUACUCUAGUAUGAGUACACUUUAGCUAAUGGAAUUAUCCUCACAUUCCUGCUUUUGGGCAACCUAGAUUUUAUUUUUGGCUACAACUUAUCAAAAUAUCUACUUCUUUACUUCAAUAUCUUGUUAAAGGAGAAUGAAACCCUUGAAACCAGCUGAAUCCAUAUCAAAGAGAAAAAUCUAAGAAACAUAUUGUUGAAAGUUUGAGGAAGAUUGAAUGAAUAAUAAGAAAGUUAUGAGCAUUUGAAUAUUGAGAUCACUAAUGCCAUGUAGAUCCUUCAAUUGGCAAUGCGACCAAGAUCUGUGAUGUCACACACGUACAACUCCCUCAUUGCUUUAGUACUUAUUUCACUUAUAUUCUCACUUUUAUAGAAUCUAUCACAAGGUGAGGUGUUCUCUUUAUGAGAGGACAAGUACAUAGGUUUCACAACAUUAUAUCAUUGAUGAAUAGUUUGUCAUAUGAUUAGAAUGAGCAAAAAGAGAUGUUUUGGGGUAUAUUUUCAGUGUCCAAAAGGGGAGAGUUGUUCAUCUGUGAUAUCAUAGAUCUUGGUUGCGUUGCCAAUGGGAGGAUCUCCAUAGCAUUAGUGAUCUCGACAUUCAAAUGCUCAUAAGUCUUCUAUUGCUAGUCCUAUUUUACUCAAACUUUUGUUGAUCUUAUUCUUUGAUUUUUCUGCUUUCACAAAAGCUAACUUGCUCCAAUAGUUUCAUUCUCCUUUAAUGUUCACCACAGAUUACAACCAUUAUUGAUUGAAACCCCCCCCCCCCCCAAUAUUAGAAGAGAACAUCAGUACUUUUUAAUGAAAUCCUAAAGAAAUUUCAGAUAAAUCCUUUGCUACCGUUGCAAACAUCCAGACAAGUUAUUUUUCAGGGUUAGGCCUUAAUAUUACAUGUGAGUCUGCCUAAGUCAUAUCUCUCUUGGGACCAUAGAAAAUCUGUUCAACUUCAAAUUGGGAAAAACUUUGACGAAGAAAAGAUAAGUACAUGUUUUGCAUAAUCUGAGUCCCGUUUCAUAAACACUUGUUACAUUAAAACAUUUUCAAUAACAGGUUGAAGCAUACUGAAAUCAUUCAAUUUGAUUGGUUGAUAGUAAACUUGUUAGAGAAUUUGUGCAUUUGUUAUUAUAACUAGUCUUUGUGAAAGAGGACCCAGCUCUGAGUAAUGCUUCUUUGGUGAGUAUUCAACUUAGUGGUCGAUUUAUGUAGACUCUGUAAAUAGGAUAGAAUACUGUGACUUUUCCAAUCUUUUUGUUUUUAGAACACUGUUUCAAUUUAUACUUGUCACUGUAUUGAAAGAUGUAAAGUUUGAAUAAAGAAAUGUGUAAAUAUGCUCAUACAAA